GCGCUAGAGGGCGGCGCACUUUCCCCGCCUAGACUUGGGGAGCAGCAGCAGCGGCAGCGGCAGCAGAGGGAGCUGCCCGGAGCACACGGGAUCCCGUUGUGCCAUUUUUUUUUCUUCUUCUUUCCCCCUGUUUCCUGACGCUUCCUGCUCGGCCACCGCGUGGGUUCGGCCGGGGAGCCUCCAAAGCGCAGGCGCCGACGGGGCGGGGAAAAGGGAAGACGGUCUGAGGACGAGGCACUCGCCGCGCUGGGCUUUCCCGAGAUCGCAGGUAGCUGGUUAAAUGCAAUUGUGCCAGUAAGAGAGGGAAGAUAAACAUGAGAAUAGCAGGAGCAGCAAAGUUGGUAAUAGCAGUGGCUGUGUUCUUGCUGAUGUUUUAUGUCAUAUCUCAAGUAUUUGAAAUAAAAAUGGACGCCAGUUUAGGAAAUCUUUUUGCAAGGUCAGCACUGGACGCACCAUUGCGAACUACAAAGCCCCCAAAGUAUAAAUGUGGAACAACAAAAGCAUGUCCAGCGAAUCAUUUUGCUUUCAAAAUGGCAAGCGGAGCAGCCAACGUAGUUGGACCUAAAAUAUGUGUAGAAGACAAUGUCUUGAUGAGUGGUGUUAAAAACAACGUGGGGAGGGGCAUUAAUAUAGCCCUAGUAAAUGGCAAAACAGGUGAAGUAGUGGAUACCAAAUUCUUUGAUAUGUGGGGUGGAGAUGUAGCCCCAUUCAUUGAAUUUUUGAAGAAUAUUGCAGAUGGAACUAUUGUAUUAAUGGCAACAUAUGACGAUGGUGCCACUAAGCUUACUGAAGAGGCACGGAAGCUAAUAUCAGAUUUGGGGAGUACAUCCAUCGUGACGCUUGGCUUCAGAGACAAUUGGGUUUUCUGUGGUGGGAAAGGAAUCAAAACUAAAAGCCCUUUUGAACAGCAUAUUAAAAAUAACAAGGACAGCAACAAGUAUGAAGGAUGGCCAGAAGUUGUGGAAAUGGAAGGAUGUAUUCCACAGAAGCUAGAAUGAACAAUCUGCAAUUGGAAAUACACAAUGCAAAAGAACAGUGGAGGGGAAAAUGCACUUUUCUGCUGCUGUGAGAUUGUGGGAUUUGAGAAGAUAGAAGCCAAGUGUGAACUCCAUCAUACUAGCAUGGCUUGAUGCACAAGGCCCAUUAAAAAGCUGUGCAAAGUGAUGGUAAAUUGCACCAAUUCAUUUGACUGGGCAUGUGAAAUACUUAUCCUGCUGGAUUGUGCCCUAUGUAAAUAAUUUCCAGGCAUGUUUUCACUUUAAAAUGUGCAUGAACUUUUUUUAAAAAAACAUCAGGCUUAUUUAUUGUUAAACUGAAGAGAUUCUUUUUUCUGUCUCUUUUUUCUUUUUUGUAAAUAAGCCCUAAACAAACAGAACAAUUGUUUCUGGGCAUUCUUAUUCUUCCUUCUCUUUCUCCCUUGUUUCUAAAGCCACUUAUUGUAUGUAAAUGUCCUCCCUCAAAAGUAAUUAGAGAUACACAAUGAAUAGUUGAGCUAAUCCUGAGCUUUGUUGUAUCCUGUUCAACUACAACAUUGCUGUGAGUGCAUAUAUUUACAUGGAUAUGUAAAUUUUAGAGGAAAAAAUAGUUAACUAUUUUUAUGCUAUGUUGGAAAACCCACAUUCUUCAGUGACCCUUUUCAGAUAGAGAGGGUGGAUGUUUGAUACAAAAAUGUAGGAUUGCUCUACAAAGCACAAUUAAAUGCUUUUCAUUAAAAUCAAAUGUAUAACAUUGUGUUUGUUGCAAUUGUUAACUCAUCCGUACCCCACAUUUCUUGUUAGCAAUGCAAGCUGCUAAUAUGGCAGAAUAAUGUGAUUGUUUCUUGUCUGUUCAACUAAGAGGGUUUUUUUUUAAGACCUGAGAUCCAGAGGACAUGUGAAUUGGUUGAGGUCUUGCAAAAUCAUAAAAAGAAGCCAAUGUUGGCAGUUACUCUGUUUUCUCGGAAGUAUAAAAUUGCAUAUUUUUACAAACAAAAAAAUCUUAAUUCCUCCUGGAGAUGACCGGGUGUGUAUCACUCCUCAUUUGGAUAUUUUUCAGAGGUAGUUUCAGUUGCAUGAUAGGCUUGACUAUUGGGGAAAGAAAAUCCACCGGGGAACGUAUUUCCUAGAGUGAAAACGUUACUGUUUAGAUUGGCUGAUCUAACUAGACAGAUCUCACUAAAUCAUAUUUUUGCAGGUGCUUAUGCAGAAGGCAUUGAAGUCUCCAGACAGUUCACUUCUCACAAAUGUCAUCUCCCCAUUUUCUUGUCUUAUGUACAGCAGCAGGGAAGGGCACAAUGAUCCCCCUUUUUAAUAAUUCAUAUUGUUUCAUAGUGACAUUGUGUUAAUUGAAUUAUAGCAAAUUGGCUUACAGUUCUAGGUGCUUCUAAUGCACCAGGGUCAAACUCGCAGCGUCACGUUGCCAUCACGUGAUGUAUCAUGAUGUUUUUUUUUUUCCCUUCGUGGAGCUGGGGUGGGCAUGGCCUGCACGUGACACAUCCGGCCCGCAGGCUGCCAGUUUGACACCCCUGUUCUAAUGGCAUUAGAGGGUAAAAGCCAGACAGGUUCACAGGAAGUUUUGGGAUGCCCAGGAAACCUUCCACUCUCUCGGUAUCUGGAUCACAAUGCCUGCAAAAAUUAUUUCCACACGCCCGUCAUUUUCAGAAAGCAUCUGGAGAAGGGAAAACUGUAAGAUGCCUCUUGUGGGAAGAUACUUAUAGGAAGAUAUAAGUAUGGCUCUUGGGAUUGUGCUUUCCCCCCCUUUUUUUUGUAAAGGUAACAGUGGUAAUUUUGCAGUUCUGGUUUCCAACUCCAGUAUGUAUAUUGUCAGUCUAAAUUGAGGUGAUUAAAAAUAUCCAUUUUAAAAAAAUAUUGGAAAGAAAAGCUGGGCUUAGAAGCUAGUAUUGGAGUAAAGAAAUAUUAUUUGCACUGAAAAUAUUAAAGCAAUACUGGGAAUUAAUUACUUUAUGUAGUUUAGGAGAAACGUCUAGCUUUUCAAUGCUAUGAUUUAAUGACUGGAAUAUGAGCUACAUUACUGUUUUAACUUGUUCAUGUUAUCUUUUUCUUUAAUUUGCUGUAGCUUAGCAAUAAGUAUAUCAUAAACAGUCAAACUGAUUAUUUGUAAAGUACUUUGCAGAUUCUCCAGCUAUGUUCAUUGAAGUAAAAUCACUUGUCUGUGUAUUAUAUUUUUUCAUUAAAUAAAGUUUUAAAAAACGAAAUAGGGGCCUGCUCAGGAAGAACCCCUUGUACUUGGUAUAUUUUUUGGGGGGUUAUUUUCUUUUUUGAGGGGGGAUAGACAAGAAUGAUAAGCAUUUUCAAGAUACGGUAAGAAUGACAAAACUGUGAAUUAACAAAAUAUUCUGAUUAAGUGCUGCUCUCAGUGGCUCAGUGCUGAUGUUAAUAUCAACAGGUCUGCCAAACUGACUUAUCUGAUCAAAAUAUUACUGAUUAAAUCCUUGUUGGGAACUGCAGGAAAGUAUUUGAUUAAAUGUGGAAUUCUCUAUUGGCAUUAUAUGUUCCUUACAAAACACAGCUACAGAAGCAUUACACUCUAUGAGCCAUCAAGGUUAACAUCAUCUUGCUAGUGUGAACAAAUGCUGUACAUGUUGUAUGGAUGUUUAUUGUUUGUGAAUCAAACGUUUUCCUAUCACAUUUUGUAUUCCAGCUCUGUGCACUUGGUCACUCAGAUAAAACUAUUUUAAAAUAUCUGCCAUGGGUGCUUUGCUUAAAAAUAUACGUUUCUCAGCCUGAGAAAAAUAGAGUAUUUAAAUAAGUUACAGGUCCUUAAGCACCUUUUGCCCCUCAAGUUCUAUUGUUCUGUGACCAUUAUAGUUGAC